AGACAACAACAACAAGCGAUGCAAACAGAAAUCAAUAAAUUUGGAAAAGAAAAUGCUCCUUGUAUUCGUUUUCCUACUAAAGUUCAAACUGUUGUCAACUUUAGAAUUAAUACAUUUAAUGCGAGGAAAAGUGGUGAGACCGAAAAUCUUAGGAGAAAAUUAAGUGAAAAUGGCAUGGAACCUUACUGAUGAAUCUUUUAUGAGAAACCAGAGCGGCCUGCCCAUACCUAGUCAUAAAUUUGGUGUGACCUCUAACAAAGAAACUCAUGAUGUUUUCAGUGUUCUCUCUAAUUUGAAGAAACUUAGAGAUGAAGACAUAUUCUGCAACCUGAAACUGCAUGUUAACGGUGCUCAGUUUAGUGUUCAUAGAGUUAUUGUGGCUGCAUGGAGUCCUAAGUUAGCUAGUUUGUUGGUAGGACAAGAUGAUGCAACUUCGGAACUUCUUAUUCAGUUCGAACAUGACAAAGCUUUUUCGGACUGUUUAGAAUACAUGUACUCAGGACUGUGCUCGCCAAAUGAAACUAAUGUACUACCACUGUUGGAACUUGGAAGGGGACUAAUGAUUGACGGUUUAGUCGCAGCUUGUGAAAGUUACCUUCAAAAAAGUGUCUGCCUGCAGGAUUUUGUAACCAAAUAUUUUAUGAGUUUAAAGUAUGAUCUUAAAGUUUUGGAAGAAAUCGUAGUGGAUUUCAUAGAAACAAAUAUUGCUACAGUAAUAGAACAGACUGAUCUAUUGAACCUACAGCCUCCUGACUUCAGGACUUUCUUAAUCUCAGGGAAGAUGGGCAGCGUUAAACAAGAAGUGAAGUUCUCUUUGAUAAUUAGCUGGGUUGGAUUCAACAUUCCAGAGCGGGACAAAUACCUUUUGUACUUAUUUGAUCUUGUAAACUGGACCCAUUCAGUGAAUGACCUUCUUAUUCAGAUAAGCUGUACACAGAAUAUUUUCACAACAAAUGAGUUUUGCCUGUUUCAGCUUCUACACAGUCUAGUCUCAGCUAUAGGUCAUCAUCUUGGGCCAUUUAUAACAGCCUAUCCUCGCUUAUUCUCUAUCUACUCACACAUGUUAGAAGAUCUCACUCACCCAAAUGCUUUCCUUGCUGCUGGUCAGUAUCACCAAGAGCUUGCACCAAUCACUAUCAGCCAAGUGCUUAAUAAAGUAACCAAACAGAUGCCAAAAGACACAAAAGAUGCUGCAGUAAAUACUGAUUUUGAAUUUGAUCUGUCAGCAUUCCAAGCUUCAGUUACCUCUCCAGAAAGUAAAGAACUAAGCGCAGAGGCAUGUAACCUGGAAGAUCUGAAAAAGACUUGUGAUAUUGAUACGGAAGUGGCUGCAAGUUCAGCAAUGCUUGAAGGUGUACAAGUUGAUACUACUGCUAUAGAAAAUUCUCAGUUAAGUGUCAAACAUAGGAGGAAAAGUCUUCCAAGGAAAUUACCAGUAAAAAAUGCUAACAAGGAGCCAAAAGAGAGAAGGAGAAAAUCGAGGAAAUUUGCUUUGAAGGAACCAGAGGAAGACAAAAAUAUCGAGCAGAUGGGUGAAGUAAAUGGUACUAACGAUGCAAAGGAGACUGAAGUGUUGUUUAGAGUUGAUGAAAAAGAAGAAAACACAGUUGACUAUAUCUUAGGAAAUACAACUGAACCUGGUAAAGGGGAGAAUGAAAUAAAUGAACCUGAAGGUGAACACAUAGAUGAUGAAGGUGAACUUGAAAAAUCUGAAAUAAAGAAAACAAGGUUAAAAAUCACUUUAAAAAGGGGUAUACUAAAAAAGGGUAGAAAUACAAAAAGUCAUGUCAAGGCCAGUAAGCCUAAAAAAGCUGUAGCACCAAGACAGUCAAGAAAGUUAUCAGAAUCUAGUCUACAAAGGGUACAUUGCACAUACGAGAACUGCGACUUCACUGCUAAAGCACCAGAUGUUCUUGAAAAACACGUUGAGCGUGUUCACAUGAUAAAUGUUAAUUUGAGAUGCUGGAAAUGUGAUUUUACAGCCAGGGAAAUGAGGGAUCUGUGCCAACAUUUGAAGGAUCAUUUCCCAAAGGCUCCAUUUGUUUGUGAUGUUGAGCCUUGCACCAUGAGGUUCUUGAGGCUGGGCCUCUUUGUGCGCCACCACAUGUCACAUAUGAAACAGAAGCCAUAUCAGUGUGAUUUCUGCAUGAAGUCUUUCGCAACAUACAACCAGCUGAGCUGUCAUAAGAAAUUGCAUGAAGGACGUCAGUUUGAGUGUGAUGUUUGCUUCAAAAAGUUUGGCACAAAGGGUGUAAUGCAGCAACACAGGGCGAUACACUUUGAUAACAAGCCUUAUCUGUGUGACUUGUGUGGGUUUUCGACCAAACAUCAGUCACACCUUAUAUCUCACAGGAAAAUACACACAGGAGACGUAAAGCGAUGUACAUUCCCGAACUGUAACUACUCCACACCUAAGUCAGCGCAUAUGACGCAGCAUAUGAACUCACAUCUCAACAUACGUAAUCAUAUCUGUCAGGUGUGUGGAAAAUCAUUUGUCGUGAGAGGUAAAUUAUUGCGGCACGAGAGGAUUCAUUUGAAGGAAAAACUGUUCAAAUGUAAACAGUGCGAGUAUCAGACAUCACGAACAGAUCGUAUGAAACUUCAUAUAGAGAGUCAUGGUAUCAAACUGAAGAAGAAGAAUAAAAACAACAUGGCUUCUGGUUACGACUAUGAUAGUGAACCAGAUAUUGAUUUCCAUCAGUUAUAUGAGAAAGUUCACCAUGAAGAAGAUCCCGGAUUACCAACGCAGGUGUCUGUACCGUCUGCUAGUCAGAUCUCGAGUAUGCCAUAUUUGUCAAUGGCGGAGAUAAAACCGAUGGAUGUGAUCAGUUUUGCUGCUUCGUCAUCAAUGAUAAUGGAUAAUUAUAAUACAGCGCGGUUGUCCAUAGACCCGUUAAGUACGGCAGCAGCUGUGGCCAGUAUCGAUGAUAUACAAGGUACAGCAGCUUUUCAACAAAACUUCGACAGACUUCAAACAACAGCUUUUGAUCAACUUUGAAAAAUACCUAGUUUAGAAUAUAUAUAGUUGUUAAAGUUAUAAGAGAGUAUAGUGGAAUAUUUUACAUGUUAGUCAUACUCAUAUUUUUAGCUCACCUGAGUAAUGCAAUGCUCGGGGGAGUUUUUGUGAUCGCUCAAUGUCCGGCGUCUGUCUGUAGUCUGUCAACAUUUAGCUUGUGUAUGUGAUGGAGGCUGUAUUUUUCAACUGAUCUUCAUGAAAUUGGUCAGAAUGAUUACCUUGAUGAAAUCCAGGCCAAGUUCGAAAAUGGGUCAUCUGGGGUCAAAAACUAGGUCACUAGGUCAAAUCAAAGAAAAACCUUGUGUAUGCCAUAGAGGCUGUAUUUUUCAAUUGAUCUUCAUGAAUUUUGGUCAGAAUAAUUACCUUGAUGAAAUCUAGGCCAAGUUCGAAAAUGGGUCAUCUUGGGUCAAAAACUAGGUCACUAGGUCAAAUUAAAGAAAAACCUUGUGUAUGUGAUAGAGGCUGUAUUUUUCAAUUGAUUUUCAUGAAUUUUUGUCAGAGUGAUAACCUUGAUGAAGUCCAGGCCAAGUUUGAAAAUGGGUUAUCUGGGGUCAAAAACUAGGUCAUUAGGUCAAAUCAAAGAAAAACCUUGUAUAUGCAAUAGAGGCUGUAUUUUUCAACUGAUCUUCAUGAAAUUUUGUCAGAAUGAUUACCUCGAUGAAAUCUAGGCCAAGUUUGAAAAUGGGUCAUCUGGGGUCAAAAACUAGGUCAAAUUAAAGAAAAACCUUGUGUAUGCGAUAGAGGCUGUAUUUUUCAAUUGAUCUUCAUGAAUUUUGGUCAGAAUGAUUAUCUUGAUGAAAUCUAGGCCAAGUUCGAAAAUGGGUCAUCUAGGGUCAAAAACUAGGUCACUAGGUCAAAUUAAAGAAAAACCUUGUGUAUGCGAUAGAGGCUGUAUUUUUCAAUUGAUCUUCAUGAAUUUUGGUCAGAAUGAUAACCUUGAUGAAAUCUAGGCCAAGUUCGCAAAUGGGUCAUCUGGGGUCAAAAACUAGGUCACCAGGUCAAAUCAAAGAAAAACCUUGUGUAUGCGAUAGAGGCUGUAUUUUUCAACUGAUCUUCAUGAAAUUUUGUCAGAAUGAUUACCUUGAUGAAAUCUAGUCAGUUUCGAAAACGGGUCAUCUGGGAUCAAAAACUAUGUCACCAGGUCAGAUCAAAGAAAAACCUUGUCUAUGCGAAAGAGGCUGUAUUUUUCAACUGAUCUUCAUGAAAUUUUGUCAGAAUGAUUACCUUGAUGAAAUCUAGGCCAAGUUUGAAAAUGGGUCAUCUGUGGUCAAAAAUUAGGUCACUAGGUCAAAUUAAAGAAAAACCUUGUGUAUGUGAUAGAGGCUGUAUUUUUCAAUUGAUCUUCAUGAAUUUUGGUCAGAAUGAUUACCUUGAUGAAAUCUAGGUCAAGUUUGAAUGUGGGUCAUCUUGGAUCAAAAACUAGGCCACUAGGUCAAAUCAAAGGAAAACCUUGUGUGUGCAGUAGGGGCUGCAUUUUACACCGGAUCUUCAUGACAUUUGAUCAGAGUAUUUGUUUGGAUGAAAUCAAGGUUGAGUUUGAAUAUGGGUCAUCUAGGGUCAAAAACUAGGUCACUUGGUCAAAUUAAAGAAAAACCUUGUUAGCUCACCUGUCACAUAGUGACAAGGUGAGCUUUUGUGAUCACGCAGCGUCUGUCGUCCGUCAGUCCGUGCGUCCGUCUAACCGUCCGUCCGUCUGUAAACUUUUGCUUGUGACCACUCUGGAGGUCGUACUUUUUGUGGGAUCUUUAUGAAAGUUGGUCAGAAUGUUCAUCUUGAUGAUAUCUAGGUCAAGUUCGAAAUGGGUCACGUGCCUUCAAAAACUAGGUCAGUAGGUCUAAAAAUAGAAAAACCUUGUGACCUCUCUAGAGGCCAUAUAUUUCACAAGAUCUUAAUGAAAAUUGGUCAGAACGUUCACCUUGAUGAUAUCUAGGUCAUCUUCGAAACUGGGUCACGUGCCUUCAAAAACUAGGUCAGAAGGUCUAAAAAUAGAAAAACCUUGUGACCUCUCUAGAGGCCAUAUAUUUCACAAGAUCUUCAUGAAAAUUGGUCAGAACGUUCACCUUGAUGAUAUCUAGGUCAUCUUCGAAACUGGGUCACGUGCCAUCAAAAACUAGGUCAGUAGGUCUAAAAAUAGAAAAACCGUGUGACCUCUCUAGAGGCCAUAUAUUUCAUGAGAUCAUCAUGAAAAUUGGUCAGAAUGUUCACCUUGAUGAUAUCUAGGUCAAGUUCGAAAGUGGGUCACGUGCCAUCAAAAACUAGGUCAUUAGGUCAAAUAAUAGAAAAACCUUGUGACCUCUCUAGAGGCCAUAUUUUUCAUGGGAUCUGUAUGAAAAUUGGUCUGAAUGUUCAUCUUGAUGAUGUCUAGGUCAAGUUCGAAAGUGGGUCACGUGCCUUCAAAAACUAGGUCAGUAGGUCAAAUAAUAGAAAAACCUUGUGACCUCUCUAGAGGCCAUAUUUUUCAUGGGAUCUGUAUGAAAGUUGGUCUGAAUGUUCAUCUUGAUGAUAUCUAGGUCAAGUUCGAAACUGGGUCAUGUGCAGUCAAAAACUAGGUCAGUAGGUCUAAAAAUAGAAAAACCUUGUGACCUCUCUAGAGGCCAUACUUGUGAAUGUAUCUCCAUAAAAAUUGGUCAGAAUGUUUAUCUUGAUCAUAUAUCUAGGUCAAGUUCGAAAGUGGGUCACGUGCCUUGAAAAAGUAGGUCAGUAGGUCAAAUAAUGAAAAAACGUUGUGACCUCUCUAGAGGCCAUAUUUUUCAUGGGAUCUGUAUGAAAGUUGGUCUGAAUGUUUAUCUUGAUGAUAUAUAGGUCAGGUUUGAAAACUGGGUCAACUGCGAUCAAAAACUAGGUCAGUAGGUCUUGAAAUAGAAAAACCUUGUGACCUCUCUAGAGGCCAUACCCUUGAAUGGAUCUUUAUGAAAAUUGGUCAGAAUGUUCACCUUGAUGAUAUCUAGGUCAGGUUUGAAACUUUGUCACGUGCCUUAAAAAACUAGGUCAGUAGGUCAGAUAAUAAAAAAACCUUGUGACCUCUCUAGAGGCCAUACUUUUCAUGGGAUCUGUAUGAAAGUUGGUCUGAAUGUUCAUCUUGAUGAUAUCUAGGUCAGAUUUGAAACUGGGUCAACUGCGGUCAAAAACUAGGUCAGUAGGUCUAAAAUUAGAAAAAUCUUUUGACCUCUCUAGAGGCCAUAUUUUUCAAGGAUCUUCAUGAAAAUUGAUCUGAAUUUUCACCUUGAUGAUAUCUAGGUCAGUUUCGAAACUGGGUCACGUGCGGUCAGAAACUAGGCCAGUAGGUAUAAAAAUAGAAAAACCUCGUGACCUCUCUAGAGGCCAUAUUUUUCAUGAGAUCUUCAUGAAAAUUAGUGAGAAUGUUCACCUUGAUAUCUAGGUUAAGUUCAAAACAGGGUCACAUAUCUUCGAAAACUAGGUCAAAUAAUAGAAAAACCUUGUGACCUCUCUAGAGACCAUAUUUUUCAAUGGAUCUUCAUGAAAAUUGGUCAGAAUUUUUAUCUUGAUAAUAUCUAGGUCAAUUUCAAAACUGGGUCACAUGAGCUCAAAAACUAGGUCACUAUGUCAAAUAAUAGAAAAAACGACGUCAUACUCAAAACUGGGUCAUGUGGGAAGAGGUGAGCGAUUCAGGACCAUCAUGGUCCUCUUGUUUAUGCAAUGGGGGCUGCAUUUUACACUGGAUAUUUAUAAAAUUUAGUCAGAAUGAUUGCCUUGAUGAAAUCUAGGCCAAGUUCAAAUAUGGGUCAUCUGGGAAACAUGUUUACACUGUUAUGAUGUGUUUCUCAGGUGAUCGACCUAGGGCCAUCUUGGCCCUCUUGUUUUAAUCUUCUAGUAUUGCUUUUGUAGAAUUUCUGCUACAUCCAGCCAAAACUUAUUUACAUUUACAUUCACCUUAUUCUUUUCCGUUGAAAAUUAUAACGUUCAUUUUGUAUGAACAGCAAAAAGAACUUUAGGCCCUGCUUAGUGAUAACUUGCUGCUGUUUAGACAAUGUCUGCUUACAGUCAGGAAGAAUGUUUCUUAGAACAGAAUGGCUGAUUUUAAAUGUUAUAUGCAACAAAAUGUGUGCAAUUUAUAAUAUAACCUUGUUUACAAAUGGAAAGAAAAUAUAAUGUAAAUGUUAGACAUGAAUUUCUUUUUUCCACAGUUCAUGCCAAAUGAAUGACAGAAUAGAAACGACAAAUCCAUGAAUUUACUCUGAAAAAAAAAAGUCAUUUCUUAAAUGAUAAGGAUUUUACAGAAGAAAUGAAAAAUAACCACAUAACAUAUUAAAAUCUUUCACUAGUUAUAGACGCAAAUGGAAAUGUAUAGACUAUUAAACAUAUUUUUCAAACAAAGUAAAACCCAAAGAUAUGUGUAUUUUACCAGUCAGGGGUGUAACUGUUUUAAGUUAUGUAACCUAUUUCAGUUACUUUUUCAAGCAUUUUAUAACCUGUAUUAGUUAUAAAAUAUAGUUAACUCGGGUAAGUUAUUCAAAAAAAGUCUUUUUGCUGUUCUCACAAAGUGACCUUUAAAGUGAAAUUAUUAGCAAACUGGUUGAUCAAAUUCUCUUUUAGUGUGAGCAUGACCGGAUAAGCAUUAAGAGUUUUAUAACCUUAAAACAUUUGCGUAAAACUUGAUCAGCCUUGUGUAAAAAAUUUUACUGCAUAGCUGGAAAGAUAAAAGGUCAAGGAUUCAGGAAAUAAUUGCAUUAGUCUCAUUCAAAAUGAAGAAUUGGCACAGCAGGGCUUUGUAAUAUUUUAUGAUAACUGAAACAAGUUAAUAAAGUUUAAGCAAUAACUCAAAUGGGUUAUAAACUGCGAUAACUUGAAACAGUUACACCCCUGACUGUAAGAUGAUUGUCCAGUCAGUAGUCAAAGCUGUUGCCAGAGAUCCAAACUGGGAAAUUAUCUUUCAUAGUUUUAUUUUUAAAUUUUUGGCUUACUAGCGCAGUUAGAAAGUGUUGAAUUUAGAGGGGUCAGUAGUACAAACUAUGGACUGGCCAUUUAAAUAAGAAGAAGUCAUCUAGUAGUGACAUCUAAAGUAUAGUAUGCAUUAUGUUAACAUAUGCAUGAAAUAUUGGUGUAACUUACUUUGUAUUAUAGAAAAUUAUUUUACAUAGGCCAGGGCACUAUAUAAGAAUCUUGUUUUCUGACACUUCUAUUCUAUUCUAUUCUGUUUCUUGAUAUUCAAUGUCUAUUUUCUCAUAUAGAAUACAGGUAAUAUAUUUGGACUUCUUUUCAUGUCCUAAACAGUUGUUUGAUAUUGUGUAAUUUUUUUAGUUACAAAUUUUGUAGGUAGAAAAGAUUUUGUUUUUUGAAAAAUGUGCAAUUUAUUAUAAGGCAGACACAUACCUAGUUUGUGGUAAAUUUUACUUUAAAAAAAUGAUUUAAAAUCAGAAGUUAGGAUAAAUAGAACAUUAGGUUACUGUCUUUGUAAAUUUUAAUUUGUUAGGUUUGUCUUAGAUUUUGUUGAGACUUAAGAGAUUUUCAAAUUCUAGUAUGUUUGAAUUAUGCUGUAGUUUUGCCCAGAACAGGGGUUCAUUUGUUGCUUAUUGUCCACCUGUGGGUCGGUCGGUUUACCAUUUGGUUUCAUGAUAAUAACUAGAGAAGCUCAGGUUUCACGAUGGUCAGUUUUCAUAGGAUAAUGGCUUAUGGUCAGUUGAUGACCUCUUUUAUUGUUUGGGAGUCAUUUUGCUAAAGGUCAAGGUCAGAGUGAUCUCGGGGGACUGAAAACGGGACAAGCCACAAUGCUGGGCAUACAUGUUUCAUGAACAGCUUUUGUUUCAUUAAUUUUUCAACCAUAAAUAAAGGCAGAUUAUUGUGCAAAUAAAUGGUUUCUGUGUGCAUGAUAAUGUUUACAUUGAUUUAAUUGAAAUGUUUUAACUUUGUUUUAAUUUUUUUAAAAUUAUUUUCGGUAUGCAGUUUUACAAAUACAGAAAUGUGCUUUGAAUUUUCAUUUCAAAUUCAUUUACAUGCUUUUGUACAUAAUAUUAUAGCCUUAUAUUUCUAACAAGAGCACGGUAAAACUGGGGUAUAGUUAAUGCAGUUUAAGUGAAAACACAGAUAUAAAGAACAUUUUUUUUAGUCACUGACUUUUUCCCAUUUCUAUUUUGUUACAAUACCUGGUAUCAACAGCUACAACAAAAGCAGUUAUAGUGAAAAUUCAUAAGGAAGUUGUGUUUCGGUCCGAAAGCGACAGAAAAAUCAAAUGUUAUAGCAAACAGAUUCAGGGCGUGUGAAUCUUUCCCACAAAUCAAAAUUAAGGAAUGUUGAAAUGCAACAAGAAUCUGGUGUUUGUAUUAAAACAUGUGUACCAGAUAUCAGCUGAUUAUAUAGAAGUAUCCGGCUCUUUCAUUUUUAGUUCCACUAUUCGGAAGAUAGGGGUGCUAUUCUACUCGCCCCGGAGUCGGCGUGUCACUUUCUUGGUUAAAGUUUUUCGGCAACCUUUGUUUUUCUGUCGUAUGUUUGUUACUAUUGCUUGUAUCUUACUGUAAGUUCACAUAAACAUUGUCCAGCAUACAAACAAAGUAUGUUCAGGGGCUGGGCCCAUUAUAUCCAAGGUCAAGGUCACCAAGUUGCUAUACUUGGAAUUAUUUUCAUGUUGAAUUUUUUCAAAAGCUUCGUUUAUAGACAUAUCUUUGGUACUUUAAAAGAUAAUGACUUGAAAUUAAAAAUAUUUCUUUAUAAUCAUCAUCUGCAUGUGUGGUUGCAAUCCCCAUAUCUCUAAUUGUAUUUUUGACAGAAUUAUGACCCUUUUGUUCUUAAAGUUUUUUGGAAAUCUUCGCUUUCUGGAUAUAACUUUAGUACAAUAUAAGAUAAAUGAGUUGAAACUUAAAAUGUAUCUUUAUCAUCAAUCAUCUGCAUGUGUGGUAACAAUCCCCAUAACUGAUUUGUAUUUUUGACCAAAUUAUGCCCCUUUCAUACUUAAUUUUUUUUUUUUGAAUUUAGACAUAAAUUCAUUUUACUGUCAAAUUGCCAAAUUGUAGAGUUUGCUGUCUUACAGACAGCUCUUGUUAUUUUGUACAUUUACAAUAAUUUAUUUUAUGCUAACUAAUGAAAUACCGUAUUCUAUCAGUUAAAUAUUUUCAUAUCUCAUCGCUCACACUGUGAAAAUAUGAAAUCUUUAUUUUCACACUGUGAGAGAUAUGAGCUCCGCCCCCUCAUACAUUGUGUAUGAAUUUUAAAUUAUUUGCUUAAAACAGGAUGAAAAGUAUAGUCGCACUUUGUUCUUUAUAAUAUAUUUCUCGAUUCAAAUUAUUUUACUGAAAGAGAAUUUCAUACUGUUACGCAGCAAAAUAUAAAACAAAAUGGAACUUUAUGUUGCAUGCGUCUUUAUAACGUCACAGCACGUCUGACGUCAUGUCUGUUUACGCGCGUUUGUUUCCCGCGCUGAGAUUAAAACAGUUGCAAAAUGCAUUUCUCAACGUAAUUGAGCAUAAGGUAAAAAGGAAAUUUGUUUGUUUUUCGUGAAUAUGGAAUAUAUCUCACCUCGAAGUGAGAAAAUUUUCACAUUUUCACUCGAGCUACGUGCUCGUGAAAAUAUUUGAAAUUUUCUCACUUCUCAGUAAGAUAUAUUCCAUAUUCACUCAAAACAAACAAAUAUCCUCUAUAUAUUUACUAAAAUAGAGCUGUUACAGCAAUUGGGUUACUACUAUGUAUGUUAAAUCAAAAUAUUUACUGUUACUUAAAAAAUGAUUUAAAAUAACUUUCAGAAAUACAGUACAACCUCUCCAGAGCGGCCCUCUCUUAACCAAAACCCUCUAUAACAACAUGAUCAAAAUAUCCCUAAGCUGAAAUAUAUUAUCAAAUUUACCUCUCCAGAACAACAACCUCUACAUAACAGUCAAUAUUUGUAUCUCCUAAAGGGUGUUGCUCUACAGAGGUUGCACUGUAUAGAUUUUCUUUUAGGAUAGGUAGCAGACAGGGAAUGUCAUACAAAUUAUGGCAUGAAUACACUAAAUAACUGGUCUUCUUUAAUCUCUAUAAAACUGAGAAACUUGCAGUAGAUGAAGCACAUACCAGGAUAUUGUGUUUUGUCAUUAUUUUUAAAACUAAAAUGUUAUAUUUUUUUUUUUGUCGUUAGGUUCAUUGUUUUGUAUAUUUUGUUUAAAAGUUGAUAUAUGCUCUGUAUAUAUUAUAUUUAUUGUGUAUGCAAUAUUAAAUCUUAUUGUUUUGUGUAAAUGCCAUUUUAUUUGAAUAUUUUAUUUAGAAACCUUUGAAUUAGUGCAUAGAUUUUAUAUGUACAAGUUGUAACGACGGACAACUAGAAUUUGGAAAGUCAUUCGUUUUAAGACUUGACUUCGUUGGAGCUGGACUCCUAGGUUGAGCUUUCUUUUAUGUAGAACAGGAAUAUAUUGCUUCGUUUAGGUCUCUUGAGUAGACCAUUCGGUUGAGGUCAGUCAAAAGCCAGAGAAUGCAGUUACAUGUACAUAUUGCCCUUAAGUUGAGCUUAUUGGGAAGACUACCCGUGGUCAGUAGAUGACCCCUGUUGUGUGUGGGGUCAGAAGUUCAGUGUCAUAUUGACAUUACUGAUUAAAAUGAUGGGAAUCACAUUCAACUUUUUAUGAGGAUUAAAUGUGGUCAGUAGUUGAUCCUUUGUUUUCCUUUUUUUAGAUGGGAGGUCAAUCAUUAUUUGCAUUAAUCAAAAACUGUUAAAUCACUUGCAAUUGCAAGGACAGUUGGUAACAUAUAUAGUUAUCUCUAACAGGCUGUCACUGGGGCAUGCAAACAACUUUAGUUCUUUCUCUGGCAGUUAUGGUACCUUACGAGAGGAGCACAACUCUCUCUCUCUCUGAAUUUUAUUAGUCGUGUCUUGGUCAUUAAAAGUCAGUUUUAUAGAUAUGUAGCUUCGCACUUUCUGCAUUUGCCUCCUGAUAGAAAUGGUAAUAGUGUAAUACCAUUUGAUAAGAAGAAACUUUGAGAAAUGUGCAUUUUCAGGUUAUUUAUGUUUGUAUUACAUUAAAUAUUGUAUUCAUUUAAGUUUUUCCAGAUUUUAUAAGUGUGUAUGAAUCAGACAGUGAAUAUGUUGUCUUUACCCUCAUAUUUAGUCACCGAGCAACUGCAGUAAAUCAUGUCUUUACUUAAUAAUUAUACAUGUACUCUCAUAUAAAGUGAAAUUGUUCUUUCUACGAUUUGCUUCUUUUAACCGGAGAGUGGAUUACGUCUAGAUACUUUAUUUUGUCACUAAAAAUCAAGGAAGGGGGCUUUACCUGUUAUUUGUGUUGUCCAUUUUUAUGUCAGUCUGUAAGGUGUACACACAUUCCAUUUCCAGGUAACUUCUGUGGUUUGAAUCGUUUUGAGCACUUGUGAAAGGAAUGAUCAGUAUCAGGCAUUUUGCCUGUCAUCAGAAUAUCUGUUUGAUUCAUUUAGAACUUCAUUGAUUUUGUUUAGAUUUGUUUUAUGGCAUAUUCUGGUCAGCUGAUCUUUGUCAGAGUUACUGGCCUUAACUAUAUGUAUAUGUAUUUUUUUGAGAACACAGCUGAUUUUUUUUUAAACAUGGUAGCCAAGGAAUUAUCAAUAUCAGGUCUUUUUUUUCAAAAUAAAGAUAUAUUCAUUUAUAAUAAACUGAUUUUUAUGCAGUUGUGGGUCUUAGAUUUCUGUCUUUGUGUUUCUUGUCGUAUUUUGUUAAAAAGUGGUACAGAUAAUUGUCGAGUCACAUUUGUGCAUCAGUCUGCCAGUUCUUUUUAGCUCACCUGUCACAUAGUGACAGGGUGAGCUUUUGUGAUCGCCCUUCGUCCGUCGUCCGUCCACAAUUUCUUGUCUGCACGAUAGAGGUUUCAUUUAUGAUUUUAUUUUAACCAAACAUGCACCCAACUUGUAUUACCAUAAGAUCUCGGUUCCUUUCUUGAACUGGCCAGAUCCCAUUAUGGGUUCCAAAGUUAUGGCCCCUGAAAGGGCCAGAAUCAGCUAUUUUGACCUUGUCUGCAUAAUAGCAGCUUCAUUUAUGAUUUGAUUUUUACCAAACUUGCACACAACUUGUAUCACCAUAAGAUCUCGGUUCCUUUCUUGAACUGGCCAGAUUCCGUUAUGGGUUCCAGAGUUAUGGCCCCUGAAAGGGCCAAAAUUAGCAAUUUUGACCUUGUCUGCACAGCAGCAGCUUUAUUUAUGAUUUGAUUUUUACCAAACUGGCACACAACUUGUAUCAUCAUAAGAUCUCGGUUCCUUUCUUGAACUGGCCAGAUUCAAUUAUGGGUUCCAGAGUUAUGGCCCCUGAAAGGGCCAAAAUGAGCUAUUUUGACCUUGUCUGCACAAUAGCAGCUUCAUUUAUGAUUUGAUUUUAACCAAACUGGCAUACAACUUGUAUCAUCAUAAGAUCUUGGUUUUCUUUCUGGAACUGGCGAGAUUCCAUUAUGGGUUCCAGAGUUAUGGCCCCUGAAAGGGCCAAAGUUAGCUAUUUUGACCUUGUCUGCACAGUAGCAGCUUCAUUUAUGAUUCGAUUUUAACCAAACUUGCACACAACUUGUAUCACCACAAGAUCUUGGUUCUUUUCUUGAACUGGCCAGAUUUCUUCAUGGGUUCCAGAGUUAUGGCCCCUUAAAGGUCCAAAAUUGGCUAGUUUGGCUUUUGCAGCCAUAUAGAGACUUCAUUUAUGGUUUUAUUUGAUACAAACUUCCAAAAUAACUUCAACAACAAUAAUUCUUUGAUUCCAUGACAAAUCAGAUCCAAGCGUAGGUUCAGAGUUAUUUUAUAUCUGAUUACCUCCCCUGAUUGUAAUCAGAAUGGAUUUAUAUCAGUAAGUACUUAUAGUACUUAUUUGAAAUUUCAUUAUUGUCAUUAGUUGGACUGAGCCAGUCAGGGUAGAUAACUAUGGACUGAUUUUAUGUCAAAUUACCUCCCUUUAUUUCAAAUUAAAAUGGGUAUAUCUUCGUAACUAAUGAAGAUACUGAUCUGAAAUUUCAUUUAUGUCAACAGAUUUAUUCGGCAGAUCCUUCUUUUCUUCACUUACAAUAAUUUUUUUUGUUUUUAAUUACUUCCCUUUUACGUUACUAUAAAUGGCUUAUUUUUAGUAACUUUUUUAUUAUUGGCCAUAAGGAAAAACCGAGACCACUUUUCUGUGGUACAACAUGGAUGGUACCUCCAAUUUGUAGGUGUAUUUUGACAUAUCUGUACCUUGUAAGAAUUUUUUUUCUUUUUGGUUAAAUUUCUUCCCUUUGUUGUUAAUGUCCUUUGGACUUAGAUAUUUUUUCUGAGGACCUUCUUGUCCUCAAGUGCAAUGAUAACAGGUGAGCGAUAUAGGGCCAUCAUGGCCCUCUUGUUGAUUGUUCUUUAUUAGAGGUAUGGGACUUCUUUUCAUGUACUCAUAAAUGUUUUGAUGUUUUGUCGGAUUGUAUUCAAACUUUCUAAACUGUGUUGGUGCCCCGUAAAACCCAAAUAAAAUAAAUUAAAAAAAAAUUACUACUGCAAGGUCUUCUUCCAUAAUUUGAUACUCUUUUUGUCCAGUCAUGUGACACCACACCUUUCUGCCUUUUCAACAUAUGUUUUUUUAACAAGACAUUAUAGCUUUUGUUUGUAAAGACAUUAAAUAUUGGUGAGCAUUUAUGACUUUUAUUGGCCAGUCAUGUGACACCACACCUUUCUGCCUUUUCAACAUAUAUCUUUUUUAACGAGACAUUACCUGUAUAGCUUUUGUUUGUAAAAGACAUUAAAUAUUGGUGAACAUUUAUGGUAUAUAACAUGUAGUCUUUUUUUAUCUAUUUAAUUUAUUGAAGUAUUGUUUUAUAUUUAAUAUUCUAUCAUGUUUUUUAGUCAUUGUUAAGUACAGUGCUUUUUGUUGUUCAAAAUGCCAAGUAGGACUUGUAGUAUUCACUGGUUUUAAAUGGCAGAAUAUUGUUAUAAAUGUUUGGCAAAUUUAACACAGAAAUCAUGUUAUCAUGUUGUAUACCUGUACAUGCGCAGAGUAAAACAAGUGUAAUACAG